AUGAGUUAUCACGGCCGUGGAGGAAGCAGUUACGGACCACCGAGAAGUUCACAUGGAGGAAAUUAUCGAAGCAAUGACCGUGAUCGACAUGGUGGAAAUAGUUUACUAGAUGAUCUGGACUCGUUUACAGUUGCACCACUACGCCCCGGUCCACCAGUCAUAAAGAAUUUCUACUCGGAAUCAUCUCUGAUCUCCAAUCGUCCACAACAUGUUAACGAUCAAUUUUAUGCACAAAAUGAAAUGACUAUACGCGGAUUUGCACCCAAGCCGAUACUUUCAUUUGAUGAAGUUCAAUUUCCUAGUUCGAUACAAAAUGUCAUUCGUCAACUUGGUUAUGUCCGACCUACACCUAUUCAAUCUCAAGCUUGGCCAAUCUUAUUAAGUGGAAGCGAUCUUGUUGGCAUCGCUCAGACAGGUUCCGGAAAAACUUUAUCGUUCAUGUUACCAGCUUUGAUUCAUGCUGCUGGUCAAUCGAAUACCCGAUCAGGUGAUCCAUUGGUACUUAUUCUGGCACCGACACGUGAAUUAGCCCAGCAGAUACAAGCUGUUGGCGUCGAUUUUUGCGGAGCGACCAAUUCCCGAAGUGUCUGCAUUUACGGUGGUGCACCGAAGCCACCACAGAAACGCGACAUACGUUAUGGUAUUGAAGUGUGUAUCGCCACACCAGGUCGUUUAUUAGAUUUUGUCCGAGAAAAGACAAUUAAUCUUGAUCGUGUGACAUUUCUUGUCUUGGACGAAGCCGAUCGAAUGUUAGACAUGGGUUUUGAACCCCAAAUACGAAAAAUAAUUCGAUGCAUUCGACCCGACCGUCAGACUGCGAUGUUCAGUGCAACAUGGCCGAAAGAAGUACAAAAACUAGCAUCAGACUUCAUGACAAAUUGCACACAUAUAACAUUGGGCAAAGCUAUUCUGAAUGCUAACCAGAACAUUCAUCAAAUAGUUGAUGUUUGCGAAGAGCAUGAAAAAGACUCCAAGUUAGCAAAAGUUUUAGCAGCCGUUAUGCGAGACCAAGACUGCAAGGUGAUUAUCUUCGCUCAAACGAAGAAGCGCGUGGAUGAUUUCUAUUUUACUAUCAAACGUCUUGGAUAUCCUGCUUUUCCAAUUCACGGAGAUAAACGUCAACAAGAGCGCGACCGAGUUUUACAAGAAUUUCGCAAUCGACCUCGUGUUAUUCUCAUUGCAACUGACGUUGCUGCUCGUGGUCUAGAUGUGGAAGAUGUACGUAUUGUCAUUAAUCUUGAUUACCCAGCUCAAACAGAAGAUUAUAUCCAUCGUAUUGGACGUACGGCACGUUCGGGUGCCAAGGGCACUGCCUAUAGCUUUUUCACUCGAGAGAAUGCUAAACAAGCACAAGAAUUAAUUCAAUUAUUGAAAGAUUCUAAUCAAGAUGUCAACGAAAAAUUGUACGAUAUGGCUAGAACGAAAUUCUUCAAUAAUAAUCGUAGUGGAAGCAGUUAUCGUGGCGGAUUCGAUCGAAGAAAUGGUAUGAACGGUAAUCGUGGCGCAGGCGGUUAUAGCAAUAGCAUGUCGAACAAUGGCAAUCCUCGGCCCAGUCGUUUCAACAAUAAGCGUUCACGAAGUCGUAGUCCGCCAGCACGUCCAUCACGGUUUGAUGACAAUUAUAGCAGUAGCUACAAACGACCGCGGACUGAACAUUCUCGUGACGAACAAUCUCGACAUCCUUAUGCAUCGUCAUCGAUGAACGGAAAUGGCAUGCCGUCACAUCAAAGAUCUCAAUCGAAUGCAGUCAAUGCGCCACCACCAUCAUCGUCCUCUUCAUCAUCAUCUUCUGCUAACGCUUACGGUGGAAUUUACAACCAAAUGUCCUACCCACCACCUCCUGCUUAUCCAGCAGCUUAUCAGAUGUAUGGUCAGCCAUCGAAACAACCAGCACCACCCUUACCACCAGGUCCACCACCUUCAUAA